UAUAACUAAUCUACCAGAUACACAUACAGCUCCUCAUUUCAAAAGAAUAUUUCUCCCUUGAAAGAGUUCAGAAUUUGCGGACGAAGACUUCCUUCUUGGAUUGCCAUUAGAGGUGGGGUGGAUCAAGAAAUCGAUCGGAAAAGUCGAUAAGUAUCAAUCGUAGAUGUUGAAACUAAGGUGGACUAGCACCACUGGUUUAGGUGGCCAUUAUAGAAUAAAACAAGGAGCAAUUCCAGCUUCCCAUUUGCUCAACAAUGGAUUCUUGUCUCUGAAGAAAGACCACGGAGCUCUUGUCAUCAGAAGCAACACCAACAUGAAUAAGAUUGUAUGCAACAGUGUUCAACCUGCAUCAUCAGGAGCCACCCAUGGAGCCCCUUCUAAUAAUUCUUGGAUAAACAGGAAAGGUUGGAUUUUGGGAAUGGUGAUAUCUCUAAUUUUACCAUUUUGGAGAAGUAAAUGGGGACCUUUGUUAAAAAUCAAAAAGGAGGUGGACAUGGUGGUGGAAAGUGUUGAAAAUGUGGCGGAAAUUGUUGAAAUGGUGGCGGAAAAGGUAGAGGAGGUUGCGGAUAAUAUAGCCGAUAAGCUUCCCGGCGAUGGAAAACUUAAGGAAGCUCUUCGUCUUGUUGAAAAUGUAGCCAAAGAGACAGCCAAAGAUGCCCAUCUUGUAGACCAGCUCAUGGAAAAGGUAGAAGAAGUGGAGGAAAAGGUGGAAUCAUUCAUGGAACCAGUCCUUCAUGAAGACAAAGCAACGAAGGAUAAACCAAAUGCAUAAAAAAUCAAAAACAUACAAAGUGACCAACAAACAUACGCUACGCAGACUUAAAAAGUUCAAUCGCUUCCAGAGAUGAACAUAUAUAUGGGAUAUAUAUGCUUAGAAUCAUAGUAUUCAAAUUCAUUAAUUGUUUUUAUUGAUUUUUUUUAAUAAAUUAAUGUAUGACCCAAAAUUAUGUAUAUUUACAUACAUAUAACGUAAUAGUAAAAACCAAAUUACCAAAACUACUACCUGCAAGCAACAUUGGAUUGUGUACCCAUUUUCUCUUAUGUCUUUUCUUUAUUUUUUCCUUUUUCUU